AUGAACCAAGAUCAAAUCCCUGUAGUAAAUCUGAAUUCAGCCAGACAUGCUGGAAGGUGCCUUAGAAAAAGAAACCGCAGCCUCGGCAGUGUCCUCAGUAAUGUUCUGCAGAAAAGGAAGUGCAUUUCACGGUCUGCACCUCGGUUGCUCUGCACCUUAGAAUCAGGUGCUGACCCACGACUGAAGAUCAACACUGAAUGUUUGCCAGAUCAAAAUGAAUUUCUGCAGUGGUUUGAGACCUGCCGAGCUAUUGUUUGGUUGCCAACAGGGAUUCCCAAGCGAUGGAGGCAAAGGGUCUGGGUAACGUUGGCAGACCAUUACCUUCAAAGCAUCUCCAUUGACUGGGAGAAAACCAAGCACUUCUUCCUCAAUGAGCAAAGAAACCUAAAUGAGGAUGAAUUGGGAAUCCAGAUAGACAAGGAUCUGCAGCAGUCCAGCUCUAACUUCUACGGUGGCUCUGAUGUGGCACAAUUCCACAAUGCACUAAAACGACUCUUACUAGCCUAUGCUCACUGGAAUAAGAGAAUCUGCUACUGUCAAGGUUUCAUAAUACCAGCAGCAGUCAUUUUGAUGGUGAUGGAAAGGGAUGAGGGUGAUGCAUUAAAGGUCCUGGUCUAUCUACUUGACAGAGUUCUUCCAGACAAUUAUUUUGCUAACAAUCUCAGUGCUUUGACUGUUGAUGUUGCAGUCUUCCAUGACCUGUUAAAAAUCAAGCUUCCUGAACUUUCACAAUAUCUGGACCGUCUUUGCACAGCAGCCAAGAAAACCAAUGAUGGGAGGUGCAUGCUGCCGCUUACUAGUGUCGUCACCAUGCAGUGGUUUCUGACUCUCUUCACUUCCUGUCUUCCCAAAGAGACCAUCCUCCGGGUUUGGGAUGCAGUCUUGUUUGAAGGGUCAGAGGUGCUUCUUCGAGUGGCUCUGGCAUUAUGGGCUCAACUUGGAGAGCGGAUCAAGAAUUGUCAAAGUCCUGAUGAGCUUUCCAGAUGGCUAAGCCAGGAGAUGAUGGAGACCAAACUGAUGGACUGCAAUGAGCUGAUGCAGGCUGUGUAUUCAAUGGCGACUUUCCCCUUCCCACAAGUGGUUGAACUGAGAGAGAAGUACAGUCCUACGUCGUUCCAGGCAAAGGUUGCAGCCUCGAGCUGCCACUUGAAGGAAACUCAAUGUAAGAGAAAAGCAUCAAAUGAGACUUUGCCCUGCACCCUUCCUUCUGCAGUGGGCUACCCAGGUGCUCGUAAUCCACCAAAUUGUCAGAAAACAGCUCAAAAUGAAAAGCAAAAAAGCAACUGUAAUGUGUCGAAGAUCGUUCAAGCCACAACUGGUGAGAAUGUGUUGCAGCAUCAAAUGGCAUUAAACAGCACACAGCAAGUGGCAACACUUGCACCCAUGGUAAAGCAGCAGUACUCAAAAAUGACCAAGAGACAGCAACAAAACCAAUAUCUGACUCCCAGACAUGGUAGCAAUGAUUCUGUCUCUCCUGGGACACCAUUUCGUUUGAAAAAGUCUAAAGUCAUAAAUCGCUUCCUUGGUGGCAAAAAGCUAAAGAACAACAGCAAAAGCAACCGCGUCCACCACACCCCAAGUCCCAGGACACCUCAGCCCAUACAGAAAGAGCAGAAAAAUAAGAUAACAGUCCCUUGGUGUUCUCAAAAGAGAGUCCCCCGGAAAGGUCUGACCAGGAACUUGAAAGUUAAAUCGGGCUGCAGUGAUACAGUCGGCCUACUGGAAGACCAGACUGAGAACACCAAAGCAGAAAAUGUCAAAGUUGAUGAUCCAGUCCAUACAGUAACGGGAGAGAGCAGGAAAAGUUCUCAAUUACGUUGCGAAAUUGAAACAAAAUAUCAUGAACAAUUGGCCAUCCUGUUGUAUGAAAAAGAAGUUGACAGUUUGGCAGGGGUUGAGAAUUUAUUCAAGACACUUCAAAUAGGAGAGCCAAACCUGUCUUCGGUGGCAGUGGAAUCUAGCAACAGGCCCGGGGUCUAUAACUGUUCUGCAGAAUUGAGAAAAGAUCAGUUCAGAGCAAAACAUUUCACAGCUCAGUCUGCUACGAAAGCGAAUCCUAUAAACAGUAUUCCACUUGUACACCUCUCUGGAAAGUCUCUUAGAACACAAAAUUUAAGUUUACAUGGAUCAUGCAGCAACAUCCAGAUAACUCCAUUCAAUAAAUGAUUAAGAAAAGAAAUGCUACUGACUUGGUGAGGAGGGGGUAAUGGGAAGAGGAUAAAUUCAGCAUAUUUCACAGUAACUUGUUGGCCAACAAGCCAAGUGUUAAAUGUGAAGCAUUUGUGACCAUUAAUCUGCAGAAAUGGUUUGAAUAUUUUCACCACAAACCACUGUAUUUUAAUGACUGUUGUGAGCUGGAAGUCCCAUAUGCCAGAAACAGCAUUUACUUUGCAAUGAAGCCAUUUUACAGAUUGUUAACUUGUACGCCCUUUGGGAACCCCUGUGAGUUAGGGUGUCUCCGUGUUGGAGUCUUUAAGAAUUGCACACUGUGUAAUUGCCAAGUUAUCGUAUAAGCAUGUCUAAUAUUGACUACAAAAUGAUUCUUCAUUCAAAACCGAUUUAUUGAUUAACAUCAAACCAGUAAUACUCAUUUUGAACUUAUAACGACAUCACCAAUUUGUUAUAAGUUUGAAAUCUGUUAACUGAUUUUUACGUUAAAGUACUUUUUGUUUUAAAUGCUCACCACAAAAUCGACUAGUGCCUUCCUCAGUUUAAAUGAUAUACUCAUAGAAAAUAAAAACCUGCCAGACUU